AUGAAGCCAUCUCACGGCAUGCACCUCGACCCGAAACAUGCGUCCCACAACCGUUGCUCAUCAGAUCAAAGGGCAGGCUGUCAACGCGAGGGGCUGCAUCUUGUAGCGCUCUGGAGUAGGGAGAUUCCUCGGGUCGCUCAUGGUCGCUGCGUAACUUGUAUCCUCCAUCGUCAGCUUGCUGAUGGCCUCGACGACAUGUCGAAUGUCAAGCAGUCGCAGCCUACGCGGCACAAACUCACCAAGCCGGUUCCGUCGGCUCCUUCAACUCGCUCGAUGGGCCGAAACAAUCAACGCGAUCCAAUCGAUGCUGACCAUUCCGUCCAGGUACGGCGUCCACUCGGGCCGGCGCCGACAGCAUCGCGCUCCGUGUCGUCACGGAUCGACUCAAAGUGCAUCGGCACCACUAAAUCGAUCCACAGAGCUCUGGCGCCUCCUUCUCGCCUUCAGCCUCCGCAGUCAACCAGUAUCUUGAAGCGUUCGCUCUCCAAGCUCCGUAUCAGAGACCCGACCUCUCCCGACUCACGUCACAAAUCUCCACAGACAAACAGGUCGGUACAACAGGUUGCUUCCAAGAUCCCACAGGCGACCGCGCCCACGUCGACAUUCUCGCGCGUCAUUCGAGGUCAUCCUGCGCAGUCUGCUUUCGUUGUACAUGAUCUCCCAUUAUCCCAGUCCAAGCUUCAAUCGAAUCGGCCGCAACAGUAUGCCUCUACCGCCGCCGCCCCUCCGCAAAAGCUGCCCCAGCGAGCCAGCCCAAGCCAUUCAACUACCUCUUCGUCUCCCUACAAAGCCGAUGAGGUCAGGAUGAAAGCCAUGCAGCUCGGCAUCUUCAAGAUCGCGGAAGCGGAUCUCAAGGAUCGCUACAAAUUUCUCAACGAAAUCGGCGCUGGAGAGUGGGGAAGUGUCUGGACAGUCGAAGCCUUGCGGCCUCUGGAUCACUUGCCCUCCUCGGCUUAUCGAUCGCUUCAGGCGGUCAAGCUCACCGGCUCCGGCACAUACACCAUCGACAACACCCCAAACUUCCGUCCGCUCGCCGUCAAGCUUUGCGAGCGAGAGCGCAAAUACUCGGCCGCAGCUCGAACACAACGUCUGUGGAACGAGUUCAAGGUCUUGCGCACCCUCAUGGAUCAGCUUCCUCGUGCCGAGCAGGUCGAUGCCAGCAGUCCCAACUGCCGCGUACGCAACGACCGCACCGGAUGGCAUCCGAACGUCGUCAAUUUCUACGAGUUCCUUCUGACGCCCUCGCUCGCCAUGCUUGUCAUGCCCAAGUUCGACGAGCCCAUGAAGGUCUGUCUCGGCGACGCCCUUUGCCGCAAGUACUUCCAUCAACUUCUCUCCGCCGUGCACUGGCUCCACCACCAUGGCGUCUGCCACAACGACAUCAAGGUGGACAAUCUCGGCGUCACCUACGACACCUCUGGCCUCGGACGCGAUACUGUCACCCUCUUUGACUUUGGUUUCGCCAACCGCUACGACCCGGCCAAGGAAGGCGCGUUCAUGUCCAAGGAGGUCUGGGGCACGCCCGAGUACCUUGCGCCAGAGCGCUUCCAUGCGCUCCUUCACGACGAGAGAAAGACCGAUGUCUGGGCUCUCGGCAUCGCCUUCUUCGAGAUGCUCACUGGCCGGACGCCUUUCGAGCAUCAUGACGAGAAGUUCGACUCCAAGGAGAAGUACCAGGAGUACUAUGCCCGCGCCGAUCGAGGCACGUGGCUCGGUCAGUGGGACCUGGCGCCUGAUAUGGAGGAUCUCAUCCGCAAAAUGCUCCGUCACGAUCCCAAGGAGCGCAUCGAUGCCGGUGGCGCUUUGCUUCAAGGUCAAUUCGAUCGCCGCGAAAGCUGCGACUCGCUCGAUGAACUGCUGCAGCUCUCUUACGAGUACAGUCACAUGCAGCGAGUCACCGAGUGCAAAGGGCUCGACUCUGACCCGGUUGCUUCGGAAGCCUUUCCGGACGACAGCGACGUCAUGCUCCACGAGCUGGUCGCCGAGACCGAGCGUCUUCGGCUGCCCCACGGCGCCUCAAGCGAUGCGCCAUCUCAGUUCGCCUCCCCUGGAGUCUCGCGAGCGGUCGCUGCUAGACGCGAGUCGGCCGCACCCGCAUCGCCUUCUCUCUCGCAGGUCGGUAUGGACUCGCGUCUUACGGAUCUCAUGUGCGUGAGCCCGCCUUGGCGCGGGCAGCCACCACCUCGUCAAGGCACUCCCAUCCCUUCGGCUCAUCGUCAGCACAUGCUUGCUGAUAGUCUCACAGCUCAAGCAGUUGACGAGCAAGACGAGAGCGACGCCUCGUCGAGCCACAGCUCGCCAGCCAACAUCCGUGUCGCCUCCAAAGCCAGUUCUGUCAAGGCUGCAGUGCCAACUGCUGUUCGCAAGGAAUCGCCUUUUCGGCUGAGAGUCGGCCGAGGCCUGCCAGGUAGCAAGGUGCCUCACUCCAACGACGGUCAUUCGGUCGUCGCACCUCUUGAGGCACCCACCGCUCCGACAAGCCGUUCGAAGUGCCUGCCUUCGCCCCAGAAAGGUGUCGCCACGACCAAGCAGCCUGCCCGAUCCGACGUCGCUACGCGUGGCAACAUGGUGGCCUCGCUGGCAAAGAAGUUUGACGCGUCCAACUUUCUCGCGCGCCCGCCCCCGCACGCUACCGCCAUGGCGGGACAGUCCGGCCUUGGCUUGAGUGUGGGAGGGCAGCUGCCCCGGGUCGGUCCGGGCCAUCGCCGAUCCAAGUCGUACAACAUCGCCAGCUCGCGCCACGGCGUGUCGCGUUUGUCUGUUCGUCGAUCGACCGGCUCGAUCGCACACGCACACGCACACAUCGACGCAGGCGAGAUGGAGCAUCCGAUGCCCGAAUGCGCACGCCGUCUCUUCGACACGAACAACAGCGCCGUCGACGUUGUUGAACCCAAGCACGCGGUGGAGGCCGACAAUGCUACCGAUAUCGGUUCGGCGCGAUCCGACACCAAGGAUGCUGGCGGCACAGACUUCGCCGAUGGGGGCGUGGAGCAGGGUGUGCGCACGCCUGCUCUGCAUGCUGCGCUGUGCGGUCAGCCUAGCACCCAGCUGCGCAGUAUCAGCACUCGGCCUGUGUCGAUGGGCACAUCGUCGCCGGGCGAAGAAGCGAUCUUUCGCCGGCUCAAGAAGAUGGCGAGUCUGGCGGGGAUGCUGACCAAGAUGAUCGACGAGACCAAGUCGACCAUCCUGAGUCCGGACCGCGGUGGUGUUCUGGCUGAAGAGACGCCGGUGCGCGUACGGCCGUCGUCUGGUACGAGCACGAUGACGGGGGUUGAUAUUUCGCCUGGGCUGCUUGCGACUCCUCCUGCAUCGCAGGGGUCGAAAGAGACGACGGAGGAGGAAGAGGCGGAUGCGUCGUUGGUGUCGGCGGCAUUUUCGAUGGACCUCAGCUCGAGUCAGCGACACACCUCACCCGCGGGGGGUACGCCGUCAGCCGCACAGGUCGAGUCGAUGUAUGCGUCGUUCCUCGCCUCGCAGCAGAUCAGCAAGAGCGGCGAAGGGUUUCUCUCGCCCCAGGUGCAGACGAGCAGUGUGGGUAGGAGCAAGCACCGCUCGCUGGCGGCGCUGUUUGCCCCCAGCCCUGCACUCGAGCGCGGCGCGGAACCGCCCAGUCCUACGACGCAGCGAAACAGAUCCGCGGGAAGAACGGGUAAGCUCGCCCGUCUGUUCCGCAUGCAUUGA